GAACCAUCAGAAAAUAAAAACUAAUUAUUUGGUGUCAUUCCUGCUUAUAGAUAACUAAAAAAUUUUAAAGCGGAAGUGGAGCAAAAAAUUAAUAAAUUAUACAUUAACAGUGGUUCAAAACCGGAGAUGAAAUUGCAAACCGAAGGAGGCUCGAAGAUAGGGAUAUUCUCGAAUAGAAAAUAAACGUGACGAAUACUUCUUUGAAAUUUCUAGAGUAUCCCGUGAAAUAUAACAUUUAAAAGAGAUAGUUUUAGACAACAAGUUUUUUUACAUAAUUAAUAUCAUGUUUGGCUUCGAUGGAGAUUACCGCCGGCGUCCGGUGCAAAGUUUGGGUGGUGCUUCACAGACCUGUGACCGCGAGACAGUUAUACGGAAGGCUCAGAAAGAACGCCAGAAAAGAAAUGAGCUGCGUCUGCAAAACAAUGGCGCAAUUGUCCUGCAAUCAUACACACGCUCCUUCCUUCAUAGGCAACACCGAAAGAGGUUGGAGCGUGAAGCUUUCGACGAUUUCUUGCGCACGCAUCGUGAACGUGUUGUCGAAAAUGAAUGUCUGGGAUAUUUACUUCGACGUCUUCUGUUUUUCUAUUCUAGUAAGGAAAGCAAAGAUGGUGAUCGAUUGAUUGAGGUUUGCCAGCAAAUAUUGCGCCAGCCUGAACGUCUUCUUCGCAACUCUAGUACAGAAUUUAUCUGGUUACACCGUCUGAAAAAACUGCUUGACAUUUGUAUAACGCAAAUGACACUGCCACAUGCUUUGCCCGCCAUACCGCUUCGUAUGCUGGAGGUCUUCACAGCUACGUCAGUCGUGGAAAAAUAUAUGGAAGAUGAGACUCGAGUGCAGGGAUAUUUGCAAGUAGUUUUCAGUUUUCUGGUGAAGCGUAAGUACUUUGAGCGUCUGCGCCAGCUAAUGGAGACAAAAUGUCCACCACUGGAUGGCGAGACUUUACACACACCAAGUCCAUUCGCUGAGGCUAUUUUCCAACUUAUGUUACGUCCUUUGCUGAUCAGGGAGAAAUUGUUUAGUAUCUAUGAAGAAUUCAGUAAACAUAUUCUUGCUAAGCCGUUUAGUGACCCUAUACGAAAUUAUGUGUUACCUUCGCUGGCUGAGUGCUCGGAUUUUCCAUUCUCUCAGCUAAUAGAGACUUUGCAGCAUUUGAUCAGCUCUCGACGGUUAGAAAAAAUGCAAGUGGACGUAACUUCUGGUACUUCAUCGACUCCGACUUUUACUGGCGUGUCUUCGUUGGCUCAGAUCUCGAUGACUCAAUCUGCACUUACAGAAGAUAAGUUGGAAACUUGGUAUUCUGGGGUGUUUAGCAGCUAUCUUCUUAAUGCAAUUUUAAUUCUUGACCGAAAUCACUUAGAUUCGAUACAUAAACAAAAUCUAGUGGGCGAUUAUAUUAAAGUAAUUGCGGAAAUUUCCGUAAAAAUAUUACAAUUACCAAAAUCAACCCUCAAACUCUCAAAAGUUCAUCAUCAACGAACCGAUGCGGAAGAAUCUAGUGAUGACGAUGAGGAAGAUGAAGAGCUAUCGAGAGGAGUUCAAAGGCAGAAGUCAAGCUCUGAUUUAGAUGGAGGGCCACCAUCCCUAAGUAGCGGCGAACAAGCGGUGCUUUUGGAAUGCAUUAAUUUGUUAAAUGACUCUCAGCGUGUACGUGUGCUGGCCGAACUAGAUGACACAUACCUCACCGACGAGAAGGUGUUAUACGCGUUGUGCGAAAUUUGCCACAAUCUUAUGAUCUAUAAUAAGCAGGCAAUUUUUGAAUAUAAAUUGCUGUACACACUGGCGUUCAUGCCAAAUAUAGUUCGAACUAUUUGGUUCACUUUGACGACACAAUCCAGCCAGUUAGGAUUCAAUGCACCCCUCUCGCUGAUUUCCAAAGGUGUAGUCCCGAAACAAAGCGGUGUUGAACAGACGAUUCCUAUGUUGGCUACAUUUUGUAUGCUUUUCGGGCGGCUAUUACCAACUUUACAUGAUGCAGAGUUCUGUGAUGAAAAACUUUUAUUGGCGAAAUCCCUCCACUCUUCAUUGGUUGCUGCGACACAUAUUCGCCUUAUGCCCUUCUCAAUCGCCGAAAUCGUGCAGUUGUCAAAGACCUUGAAAGAAAUUUCGCUUGGAUUAGUAGAUUUGGCUUUCCCUGAGACGCGCUCAAACCUCAAUGAACAUUAUCGAUUCGUUUUGGGUCGUUCAGAAUCCGAUGACAAGAAAAUUUGGCAGCAAAAGCAGAUUUGGGCGAACUUGCUGAAAGUUGUUGUAUUUGUUUUGAAUCAAAUACAUACCCGAGAUCUCCGACUUGGUUUUUGUCCCGAAACACAUUGGACGGUAAGUCGUUUGGAUUUACCACUUGACCGACCGACUGAUUUGCCACUGACUCGGGGUAAUCGUACUCGGGGAAUUCGACCAUUCCAACCCAUUCGGGACUUUACACGCGAAGAUUUUGAAAACGGCCCACCAAUGUCCACAAAGCAAAUUCGCUCCAUUACAAUUUUGCGAGAAAUUCCAUUCGUUGUGCCUUUCAGCAAACGUGUGGGCAUAUUGCAAGGCUUGGUGGCCGCAGAUAAGAUGCGUGUGCAGGGCAACUACCAAGCGUUUUUGCAGGGUCCAUCUAUUAUCCUGAAGGUUAGACGUUCAUAUCUUUACGAGGAUGCCUAUGAUCGGUUGCGUCCAGAGAAUGAACCUGAUUUGCGUUUGAAGUUCCGUGUGCAGUUCGUUUCAUCUCUUGGGUUGGAGGAGGCAGGCAUCGAUGGAGGCGGUGUAUUUCGUGAAUUCCUUUCCGAGCUUAUUAAAACGGCAUUCGACCCCAAUCGUGGUUUCUUCAUGGUCACUACGGAUAAUAAACUGUAUCCCAAUCCCGACGUUGCCGAUUUAGAACCUGAUUUCGAACGGCAUUACUAUUUCAUUGGACGUAUCCUCGGCAAAGCUAUUUAUGAAAAUUUGCUAGUCGAGUUACCAUUGGCAGAAUUUUUCCUAACAAAGCUCGCCGGCAAAUAUGCUGAUGUAGAUAUUCAUCAAUUAGCUUCUCUCGAUCCGGAGCUGUAUAAAAAUUUGCUAUAUCUGAAAGAUUACGAAGGAGAUGUAAGUGAACUAAAUUUGGAUUUUACUGUGGCUAGCAAUUCUCUGGGCCAUACACAAGUGGUUGAGUUGAAACCAAAUGGGCAGAGCAUAGCUGUAACCUCAUCCAAUCGCAUUGAAUAUCUCCAACUGAUGGCUGAUUAUAAGUUAAACGUGCAAAUACGUCAGCAUUGUGUAGCAUUUAGACGAGGUCUUUCAAACGUAUUACCCGUCGAGUGGCUGUACAUGUUUAGUAACAAGGAAUUACAAAUACUUAUUUCUGGCGCCGAAAUACCUAUUGAUCUGGAUGACUUGAAAAAACACUGCAAAUAUGGUGGUGAAUAUAGUCCUGAACAUCCAUCAAUUAUGGUGUUUUGGUCGGUUUUGGAAAACUUCAGUGAUCUCCAACGCAGACAGUUGCUUAAAUUUGUGACAAGUUGUUCCAGACCACCGCUUCUAGGCUUCAAGGAUCUGGAUCCACCGUUCUUCAUACAGAACGCUGGCGACAUGGAGCGAUUACCGACGGCGAGUACCUGUACGAACCUGUUGAAACUCCCCCCGUUUAAAACAGAAGAGCAAAUGCACGAAAAGUUACUGUACGCUAUACAAUCAGGAGUAGGUUUUGAGUUGAGUUAAAUUAGUUAUUGUAAAUUCCUGAGGUUUUUAAUGAGGCCAGAUUCUUAUAAUGCAGGCACUAAAGCAACUAACUAUCCUUUAAGAAUAUUAAAAAUUUAUAAUAGGUAGCUUUUGUUUGUGGUAAAGUGAAGUCAGGUGCAGCAAAUAGUAAUAUGCUCUAAAUAAAAUGAAUCAAAUUGAUUGGGCAAAGUUGCCAGCAUAUAGCUAAUUGCUUAGUAUAGAAAAACAGUAUAUAAUCACUACUACCCACGUCUUAAAUAUAAGGGUUUAUUAAACACAGAUUCGUUAUAUUAUACGUAUCGUAAGAAAUUAAAUCUAAAUUUAUUUCAGCAAAUAGUUGAAUAUUUAUUUGGAAAAACUUACUAUAAAAUACCUAUAAACAAAAAUACUUACAUGUAUCUAUUAUUGUUUACAUUAUUAACCGAUUUUAAACUUCAGGAGAAAGGUAUUUAGACAAAAGAUUAAAAAAUGACAAAAUGAAAA